UUUCUGCCCACAGGUUUAGACGGAAGCUCGGAGGACGUCAGCAGGAGGAAGAGGGAGUUUGGGCAGAACGUCAUCCCUCCCAAGAAGCCAAAAACGUUUCUGCAGUUAGUGUGGGAGGCUCUGCAGGACGUUACCCUCAUCAUCCUGGAGGUGGCAGCAAUCAUUUCACUGGGCCUUUCCUUCUACAGACCGCCGGACGCUGAAAGACGGAACUGUGGGACAGCGGCAGGCGGUGUCGAAGACGACAGCGAGGCAGAGGCCGGUUGGAUCGAAGGCGCCGCCAUCCUGCUGUCUGUGGUCUGUGUGGUUCUGGUGACGGCCUUCAACGACUGGAGUAAAGAGAAACAGUUCCGCGGCCUCCAGAACCGCAUCGAGCAGGAGCAGAAGUUCACGGUGGUCCGAGGAGGUCAGGUGAUCCAGAUCAACGUGUCCGAGAUCGUUGUGGGAGACAUCGCUCAGGUCAAGUAUGGUGAGUGGAGUCGAACUCAAAACCAAACCGAACCAAACCUACGGCU